AUGAACUUUUUUGAACGUAGUUGCUUAGAAAGAUAUGGAAUCGGUCCCGAGACUAAGCCCGUUUCAUUUCCUGAUGGAUUACCAUUGUCUGAAGAGGAUUUGAUUAAUUUCCGUCUGUUGCCAAACGGUAAUUUUGUUCGGCGAGGGUUUUCCCCCUUUCGUUCCGGUAAGCCAUUGAAUCUCGAAAACUGGGACAUUAUAACGAAACAGAAUAUCGAUCUUACUGCUCCAAGCUGCGUUGUUAAUGCACCAGAAAAUCCUCGAUAUUUAUCCCGAGCAUAUCUCAGAAGUUGGCACAAUCAGCGAUGGCAACAUCACAAGCUAUUUUCUGAGUUUUUUACAGCCAAGUACCGCUAUCGCCUUAAUCAGGACGGCCAGGAGUACCGGUAUAAUGGACUUUGGCGAUUAGAUGAUGCGAUUCGUCAGUCUUUGAGUCAACGCAGCAAUGCAGACGGAACUUACAAGGCUCGCAAUAAUUCCCGGUUCGAUGCCGAUUGGGGCACCUACCCAUGGGCCUUUUACUGA